ACGCGCGCUGUCCGCAACGUGGCGUGCGCGCUACCGGACGGGAUCCAAUGUACACCGUCGCUUCUGUCAAAAUCUCAAUUAGCAUACUCGGUGGCUUCAUCGGAACCCAGAUAGUCGUUGUGAUGCCAUUUUAUUUUGUGUUUACGCACAAAGUUGGAGCUGCAAGACUGAACAUGCCACCGUUUAUAAAGGGGUUAGCAUGAGAGAUCGCCAAUUUGUUGGACGGCAGUUGGACAUGUAAGACACUCGCUGUAUGUUCCAGCAACAACACAGACCUUAGAAUCCGCAGGCGUUGUUAUCGAUCCGCCAAACUGCUGAACUUGGUCUGGACAACUUAACAUCACACGAAAGUUUACGAAUAUUCUACGACCAAACACGCUGCCGUCAGCGCUCAGCUAUGGCUUGACGGGCCGGUUAUAAAACCCAGACGAAGCGACUAUAUGUUGCCACAGCCAAUUGCCUUAGCCUGAUAGAAGAGAAGGGGCAUCGAACACACGCAACUAAACGAUUGUCCUAUUUCAUGUGUUUUACAUCGGGAAACCGACUAGCCAGCAACCAUGACGAAUGAGAGCGCAGAAGAUGAACAAACCAUGCACGAUAACAUGUCGGAUUACGAGUUGUUCCCAAACUCUUUGCACAGUCCCGGGGCAAGGGCUAUUAUCAUCAUCUGCUUCGCCGUUACCUGCCUGAUGGGCAUCUUUGGUAACGGCCUGAUCUGUUUGGUGCUCAUUCGACGGCCCAAGAUGCGAACGGUCAUCAAUCUCUUUAUUGGUAACCUGGCCCUGUCCGACCUGGUACUGUGCAGCUUUGGAGCCCCUCUGUCGCUCUCUUCCUGGCUGACUCCUCAGUGGCUUUUGGGCCUGGCCCUGUGCCGCAUCUACAGCAUGAUAACAGGCUGCAUGGUGUUUGUGUCCUCUCUAACAUUCACCGCAGUCGCCAUUGACCGCUUCUGCCUUGUCGUCUACCCAUUCCUUCGCCCGAUCACAAGAAGGACUUGUUUCAUCUCCAUAGCGAUCAUAUGGGUGGUGUCGAUUGGUAUGAUUCUACCCAUUGGCUUGCAGACUUAUGUCAUUGAUUUUAGUGUUGUUGAUAACAACACCGAGGGGAUUUACUGCAUGGAGCUGUGGGACGAUUUGGACGGUCGCCGAAAGUACAGCAUAGCAAUCUUCGUACUGCAGUUUGUCUAUCCCCUGCUCCUGGUGACUGUCGCCCACACCAGCAUAGCGAUCAAGUUAAAGAGAAACGUGAAACCGGGGGCUCGGAGACGGGAGAACGACGCCCAGGAAAACAAAAGGCGGAGUCGAACAAACAGAAUGUUGUCGGCCGUGGUGACGGUGUUUGCCGUCUGCUGGUUGCCGUUUUGCGUGUUCUCUCUCGUGGCGGAGCUCUACGUGGGCUCUUUAGCCUUAGAUCCUAUCGUCUUUGUAGUCGUCUAUCUUCUCGCCAUAUCCAGCACGUGGCUGAACCCUAUGCUGUACGCGUGGCUCAACGAUAACUUCCGCAAAGAGUUUCACCGGCUCAUGCCGUGCGUGCCAUGCCUCAGGGAAACGCGGAACGUCGGCUGCGUCAAAGUGAACACGCCCGGGGCGUCCACGACGAAUUUCGCGCAGGACAGGCGCCCUCAGUCCAGCAUGGCGACGUACCUCCAGCCUAGCUCUGUAGAGAAGAGUUCGUCGGGUAAAAGUGGGACGCACGACACGUCAAUGUGACGUUUUGCUGACUAAAAGAACCUAACUUUCCAAACAAUACUGAAUGGUAACACGAAGUAAGCUGACUUUUUAGUUUGAGGAUUCCCUGUCUCAGAUUAAACUGUCAGCUCAUGGUGCUUUUCAGGUCUAGGAAUGAAAACCUGAAACUUAGUAAGGAGCAACGUCAAGUAUAUGUCAAUUACCUACUGCAAGAGACACGCAAGAUGGCCACUGCCCUAAUCAAGCCAUGGUGCCCUCUUCCAAGUUGCGAGAUAUUUGACAGGUAAGACACUCAAGGAGGCGACUGUCUGCAUUGUAUUCCCCUGCUAAAGAUUCUCAGGUGGUCUGGAACCUUUGGCAGGAGAGUCUUGCAGCUGUCAAGGAGUAAGCAAGGGAGCAGACUUUACACGCCCAGCUGGUGGGUCAUCAGUGACCAACUGUACAUAGACUUCUUUUUAUCCAUUUUUGGCAGAGGAGGCUGUUUUGGUGGCUGGCCCACUUUACCCUCGGUAGAAAGUCGACCUGGCCCCUCAUGCGGGAGCAUGGAUAGCUUUAAUUGUGUUUUUUUGUUAUUAAGAAACAAAGUAAAUGGACGUAUUUUAUGAGCAAAAUAGUACGAAUUUAGUCAUUUUAUCGUAAUUUAGAGUACCUAGUGUUCACUGACUUUAAUCACAUGUCCUCGUGAGCGAUGUUCUUUCGAUUUGUUGGUUCAUGAUUUUAUAAUGUAGCGUUAUUCGAAAUAAUGUCUGUACGAAUUUAAGGCAAAAUUUCAUAUUGACAUCACUGAAGCGAAACCACUGAAGGCCAAGCAACUCAUCAAAUGUUUUUCGCCCAUUAAGCCUGAACUCCCUGCGAACUACCGCUGGAUAUGGUUUGCUGGUUAUGAUAAUGAUUGCCUUUGUAAAUUUCAAUGGUGUUAUUUGCCUCUCGUGGUCUUCGCUAAGAAAACAAAGUAAGACCAUUAUCAGCAAACACAGUCAUGCACAGGAACGAAAAUAUUCCGGCUUUUGACAGUAACAAUUUUUAUGUCUUCUGAAAUUAUUCACAUUUCUCCAGGAGACACCCAUAAGGAAAAGAGGCAGGCGAAUCCAGGUUGUAAAUCCUGAACCAACAAAUAUUACGGUAUAAAUUUGGAUGGAGAUAUCGGUUUUGUGUGUUCAAAUAACACACGACUGAUGGCACCAAACCUUCGGUAUAGAAAUGGCGCUUCAAUUUGCCCCUCCGCUCCCACUUCCGCAUUUCGCACAACUGAUUGGUUCCCUAAUUGCCAGUGACAUUUGAAAUUGUACAAUUUUCAUUUAUUUUUGAUCAACCCCGUGAUUAAAAAAAAGUCGUGGACCACAAAAUGGCAGGUAAGCAAAGCCAACUCCAAAAGAAAAUAAACACCCCUCCAAAAAAAGUAAUUAAAAGGAUUUAAUUACUGCACUCAUUCUUGCUUGAAAAAUAAACAAUCAUGCCGUAAACUUGCAAAGACGUGCAGUUCAUUCCAAUACUGACAUAAUGUGCGGCACUUUGUGAAAAAUUGUCCCAUGAUAGGCUAUACGGUGUUCCACGGCUUUUUCCCCUCAAGUUUCUGUAAAGUCGUCAAUUCAGUGCAAAAAACCUCGUAUCCCUAAAUGAUAUCAAAAUGUCUACAGUAUACACGUUGUCAGCCAUUUUGAAACCGUCCGCGUAUCAGCCGUUUUAGGCAAUUUCAGUUACGGUUUUCUGCAACAGCAUACCGACAAACCAAUGCGACUCUUUCUGUGUGCGCGUGUUGUGGAGCUAACGCAACAUUGGCGUGAAUUAACGGUACUUUCGACAUUCUUGCACUGUGGUUCAUGUAUUCGGUGUAACAAGUCAGUGUAUAAAAAGAUCGUACUCUCUAAAUGUUAAAGAGUGAAAAACCACUCCAAGUUGCCCCCAUGGCUCUUUAGAAAGAGUGGAAGUUAAUUCACUCUUUUUAGAGUUGUUUCACCUGGGGCAAAGUGAAAACCACACAGACAGUUGCAAACUUCAUUUUAAAAGAUAGAAAAACCGCAACAUAAAGUGGUUUUCACUCUUUCACAUUUAGAGAGUAGCCCAAAUACUCGAGUUGGACAUCGCCUGGUACAAGUCAGUGAAAAAAAAGUCACCCGCUGCACGUGUUUUGCUACUGUCACGGGAACAUUGUUAUUGUAAUUAUUUCUGAUACCACUCUUAAUUAAGUGUCAGUCAGCGGGAUACUGUUGUUCUCAUUAACGCAGCUUUGGAUAUUUGAACCGUAACUGACGACCUAACCAGACCACACAAGGAAAAGAAAUCACAUUGAUAUUUAAGAUAUAUACCUUUCAGUUAAAUUAACUUGGACGGAAACAACCCAAUUGCCGCGGAUAGCACACUUAUGUUUAAUUUGGUUUCAAAUUAACUGUCGAAGCAAGGGAGUACGGUAUCUGUUUCCCACAAUUGUUGAUCAGCCCGACGUGACAGGUUUUUUUUCCCCGAGCGAUAAACAGGAUUCUAUUCUACUGUGGAUUUAUCAAUCAAAAAUAUUGUUGAUAGUGAGUCAUGUCAGAGGCGUGAAUCAUAACGCUACAUACGUGACACUAUCUCUCUUUGGAAAUAUGUAAACAUGGACGAUAAGCAUUUAUUUAUAUAGCAUGUACAUACGUGAUACACAUUCACAUAAGCACGAGGGCCUUAAUGAAAAACAGGUGCUCAAAUGCGAAUGUUUAUUUAACAGUGAUCAAAAGCCGUUCGCUUAUUAAAAUGCAUGCAUAUCCAAAGCUUACAGAAAUUCCCGAGAACUUGCGACAAGGUCACCUUCACCGCUCGCCGAUGCAAUGUCAAGCCCAUCUCUUUUGGGCCUCAUUUCCAUUUUUCCCCCAUGUGCAUUAUUCUUCUUCAUAGCCAUUUCAUGAUUCUUGAUGACGGAGGAUUAUCAAAUAAAAGCCCGCGGCGAACGCGAGCCUUGUGGAAAUUGGCCUUGAAGGCUGAAUGCUGACUUUCUAUAUGAAGCCCCUGGAGAGAGGGCCGUUCAAUGGAAACACGCUUUUAACCUUUUAUGCUCGACAACAUCCCGAUAUUCAUCCUUGGCUCGAAAUGACGAAUUCGUUUCACUCGAGCACCUGAGCAUCUGUCCUGACAAACAGGCUAAUUUGUCAUUACAUUUAAUAGGACGGCAUAGACAGAUAGCCACACAAGAAAAAAAACUAAGACCAGGAAAAUGUAGGUCUCUUCCUUAGAACGCUUAAUGGAGUUUUUAUCAAAACAUAACCAGCCGGCAGUUGUAGUAUAGGGAAUACAGAUGAAUGUGUUUUGGACUCUUGAGAGUAGCCAGACGCUUUUGGUAUUUUGCGAUGCAAUGAUACGAAGAGCUUCGCGUAGGGGCUGUCCACAAUGAAACGUUUCUGGGCGUGGCAUGGUUUAUAGCAGAACAAAAUUUGUUUAACCCAUUAAAAUCAGCCCUAAUUUUGAGGUUUUUUUUUUUUUUACUAAGUUCAUUCCUGGGACAACUUUCAUUUAUAUUCUUUCAUUUAUAAUGUUGUGGGGUUUAAUUUACUCAGAAGAAAAUCGACUGCAGAAAAUUACUCGGAUACUGCCUCCGCAAACCAAUCAUACGCUCGAUUAACGAAAAAGAUAUAUUAACUACAUUUAACAGAUGAAUUAUUCAACCUUGUACGAGUUUAAUGAUGACACAAAUUGUUUAUUUAGAAUCAAGUUAAUAUGUACAGCUGUUGGAAUUUUUUUUUCUAGUUUGAUAUACUCCGAUGACGACCUGUGGACAUUUUAUCCGAUUAUCCAUGCACAUUUUAGGGUUGAAUACACAGUGGCGUGUGCAUUACUCAAAGUUUCUCCUGGAUUAAUGAGGCACCGUGUUCAAUCGGCAGACACAAUAACCCUUGGCGAAAAGUACAUUCGGAACAGAGUGCGCGAUGGGUUUAAUAUCUUCUCCAGCCCCCGGGGCCAAGAAAUACGGAAGCGACGCCGAGCGCUGUGUCAAAACACAACACGCAUGGCAGUGCAGCGGCGGCGCGGACCGCGGAAAAGAAGACACAAUCCGCGAUGUCAUCUUUCAUCUUCUGCGAAUGAGGGUGGCCCUGGAAGAAGAAGAAAAAAGACAUGUCAUUUUGACCUGAAAUGUGGUUUGGAAACAGGUCCCUCCGUGACGGCCUUGUUGGAGCGUGAAACUCCAUUAAUGGCCGGAGAGACAGUAAACAUACUGCCGCGGCCAUAAAUAAUUAACCUCCGUUUAUGAAUAGAUCAUACCGUACAAUGUCAACACGCAUUCUGAUCAGUAGUACAACCACUUCCAUGUACGAGGAAAACAAAUAUCUAACGGAGCGUAUAGUCUGAACUCUUACCGGCACGCUCGUGUCGCUACAAUCGAAUUCUACGAGGAAACGAAAUUGUGUAUCAUUUUAAGUUAAUGACAUUCUAAAUGCUAAAUAUUCCUCUUUUUUGUUCACACCGAGCCGUAACGAUUUUUUAGAUGACUUGCGCACUGGUUUUGUUUCACCAAUUUCGUAAAUUUCGGACGUGCCGUUCUUGCGAAAUGUCAAAUUUUCGAUCGCUGGUCGGCCGAAAAAGGUUAACUUUUUUCAUUAAUGUUGUACAGAAAACAGCGUGCAAUAUCACGGACCGUGGUGUAAAGUAUUAAUUACAAUAAUAAGUACACAACCGUUUAUUUGAUUUGGCUAAAACGUUACCGAAGUACUGAGCGUGGGUGUCAGAUUUCAGUAAAAUCUCUUAUUGCAUCGCCGAGGUCUGAGGACAGCUAAUGCAACCUACAGUAGCCUUUGAAAAUGUUUUUAAAAAGUUCCUAUCGGCUUUAAUUGCGUUUUCACAACUCAUGUUGUGUGAAAAAACAUACAAAGCUCUCGCUGCGUGUGACUCAAAACGGCCUGGAAAAUAAUGUUGCCUAGAGAAAGAGAAAAAGAAAGUAGAUGCGGAGAGAAGACUCGUGCAAGAUGCUAAGACAUUUCGUUCUGUCCUGGGAAAAAAAAUGAGUAUCAGAGAACUGCAUCUUAAUUUGACCAUUAUUUUCCUAUACAGCCUCGCCUCGUCCGCCAGUCAGUGUGCUGUAUUCGCUUUGUGCUGUAUUCGAAGUAUCACAUAUUCAUGUGAUACUGCAUGUGUUGUUUUGGAAUUUCUAAAUACACCUGUAUCUAAAAAUGUCCCAGUCAAUCAUGAAUCCCUUUGCAUCGUUAAUGACUCGUCUGUUACUUUAGAAAAUGUAAUGCCUUCGCGUCAGUCCCAAGUUCUUGGGUGAUCCUUUUCACCUGCGACUCUGUUAGGCUAUUGGCCUAGUAUAUAUGAACAAGAUAAUAGGUAAAAGAACGCGCGAUGGUUUACAUUUUGACAGAAAGAGGAAAUGAGGUUUUACACUUCACGUCUGUGAGACAGCAAUGUAAACAGUAAAAAACACUCUGUUGAGUGCCAGCGGCUGUCUGCGAGUUGUUCGACUUGAGCAUAUCUUGCUCGACCUAAAUUGGAUAGGCCCAGCCUCAUUUUCUCGCGUGGACAGUUUCAUCUUUGGUAAACACGGCUCACUGAAUUCCCCGACCACAUGAAGGAAGUUGGCUUUUAACCUUGUUAAGCCAAUUUUUUGGGGCUACGUUUUGGAGCUACCAUAAAUGAGAUUAAUACGAACGGACGGGGGCAAAUGAGGCAGAAAUAAUGCAGUAUAGUGGCUGCAACCGCUUGUAUGUACUUUCUUUCUGCUGUGCGAGACUGCGGGUGUUUAUGCAAUCAUUAUACGAGUCCGAAAAUGUCAGGGUUUAACUGGGACACGCGUCCCGGAUCACGAGGGGCUUGACCGGGGAUAAUGUCUCGCGCCGAUGGUCUCGCCCGGGCGCUGAGGAUCGGGACUAGACAUCCGACUCCCGAUAGCCAGCAACGCAAACGGUCCUCGCGGGGGACCAACCGCUUGAAAGCUUACAAUAAUAUCUUCGGCAGAUAUCUGUUUAUGAAUGGUACAUGUGCAUCAUAUUUUCAAACAGUGAAUAGUGCAACAAUCUCGAUCAUGUUAAGAACUCAAAACCAUAUUUGUUUUUCAAUCGUUGUUUAUCCCUAUACAGGGCCUAGCUCCACACAAUCAAAAGAUAUGAGUUGGGCCGAAGCAACUCGUGAGUUCAGUGUAGGUCAGACAAUCCAGAAAUCCGAAAGCUGCCGUAGAAGCCCUGGAGGGUCUCCUGCCCCUUCCCCGUUUAAUCAGAUCUCCAGGGCCAGUAAUGUAAGACGAGUUGAUAUAUUGGGGAUGCCAGAACACCACUUUCUCGACGGAGUAAGUGCUUAAUGAAAACCGAAUCACUAAUGUGGCGAAUUAAGAGGGCUCGCUCGCGUUCGAAACUGCCAGCGACGCGUGCGCUGUAUAAUCCGAAGGAUAAGGACGCUAUAAUGUAAAGUAGUAACAGCCGCCUUAGGAGAAGUUAUUAAUGCUAACCUGUAGGAUUGCCUUGGGGAGUUUGGCCACUAAGCGGGCCUUGCUUGUCUCUAAAAAUAGCUGCGAGAACCGCGCGCCAUAUUGCUCUCUUAAGCCCCGAUACAUCUCCGUCUAUUAUGCGCGCAUAUUUUUUUUAGACUUCGCAAAUCUAGGUUCGCGCGCUGCGCUAUGCGCUAGGCGAGGCCUGGCACAUCUGAGGAGACGAUAAGAAUGCGGUGUGUAAUUGAGGGAAUUGAAAAUCCAUUUGGAUCUCCCGGUUUCUGCCCGGUACUGGAAUUGGAAAUUGAAUUUGGAUGGUGAUUGCUUAGACCAUCAAAGGGGCUGUACUAAUGGCCGGCUGAACCUGAAUAUGCGUGGUUCAAUGUACUUAGGCUACCAUGUAUAUCCACGGACUGGCAGGUAUAUGGUGCGGACGCUAAACCAAAAAAAGGGGCCGCAAAAAACACCGGUAGGCCAGAAACGGCUCUGCCUGUAAUUAGCAGAUAAUGGACAAUCAAUACACGGCAGGAGCUGUCAUGUGGCAUGAAUAAUUUGCAAGAAGACGUCGGAAUGUCAUAUUGACGGAUCGUGUUUACUAUGACAACCAUAUAGGCCUAUACCUUUCGUGGUAUUCCAACGGACCGACGUGACAAGACCAGACGGAAACGCAUAACUGAUUAAAACAAGGACAUGUGUUUGUUUGUUUUUUUGACAUUCACUGAAAAACGUACACUUGACGGUUUACCGAAUCGCAAACACUUGAACUGCUCGACUGGCAGGGAUGGAGUGAUCAUUGCAACACUGAGCGACAUGACACGUUUUAGGGUUGAGAUGGGGAAAGAGGCUGGAUAGAUUUCACAAAAUGAAUCUUUGACCUGUGAUUUGAGGGGGGGGGGGGUCCGUAGUCGCCUUUACAAAAAUGUCGUCUAGCCGUUUGCAUUGAAAUCGGGACAAUUUUGUGGAUUGAUUGGAUGGUUCUAAUCUCCAUAAUUAAUCGCCGUUUUUAACAGGUCCUUUUUAGGACAUGACAUACGACAAUGACAAAACAAGACAGACUCUAUGACGGCUGGUCCUCUCGACGUUUACCUUAGAUGAAUGAGAGGAAGUUACUGAACGCCUCACCCCCUUCAAAUGUGUAUGAACUAGGAAGAGGAGACUGCACUUUCUUAUUUCAAGAUAUUUAAGUAUCGAGGAAAAACAUUACUUUUUAUGCAGACUUAUCCUGACAUAAGCCAUUCAUCUGCAUGGUUCGUGCCUUCACGUGGGCCGAUCGGGGAAACUUAUGAUCGAAUGCGAUCAUGUAUUGCACUAAACUCGGACUUCCAAAAACGGUCCUCAUUCGCGUCACUAGGACGAGACAAAAACGUGCCUUCGUCGUUCUCGUACUGGAAGCUUUCAAUCACUUAAGCACAUCAGUGUCAAAUACAUGCCUUCCUGAGCUUAAUGUUUGACCUGGCCGCGUUCUAGGACAAACCUGAACGCUGAAUCAAAAUUCAUUGCAACUUUUACGGGAGUGAUAUGCGCAACCUUUGAAUUUGUACCAAGUGCACUUUUGUCUGCAUGUCAUUAGCAUUUUCUUCUCAAAAUAUUACACAGACACUCUCUUGGAUGGCGCGUUGAAUUUGUUGUAAGCCUGUAAUUUGAUCUUAAAGUAUUUCCUACUUUUAGAUUGAAUUUCAGUACGAAUUUAACACAAAAUCCAAGGAGUGUUUCUAUGUCAUUUCGAGAUGAAUAUGUCAUUUUGAGAAGAAACUGUGCUAACUGUGACUCUUAUAAAUCAAGUACAGACCAACCUGUCCCACAUUACUGUGCUCGUACUACAUCCAUGGGUGGAUAAAAAUAACCGAAACCCGACCUAAUAUUUCAUGUUAAUGGUAACUACGAUCUGACCGACGACUGACGCAUUACGACAAAGACACGCAGCAAUCAAUCGGGAAGGUGAGGUGUAAGAAAGAGCCAACAAUUUGUUGCCAUGGUAACACGCUGAUCGUCAAUAAUUGCGGCUCCCUUACGCGGCAAAUGCCAUGGACUAGUUUGCGCAAGUCUGCAUCUAAAAAUGUGGAAUCAGCACAAUUGAAUAUUGGAUUUCCAGUGUCAUGUCAACAAUUGAAAAAAUGCUUGGCGUUCAAGAUGCAGCUGUAACUUAAGCACAUCUAGAUGUGCCAAAACGUAUAGAAAUGCCUACUCCUUACAGGACUUUUCGGCGCGGUUUAUUGUACAGAUUUUAAUAAAGAAUUCUAGUGUUCUGCUAUACACUUGAACAACUCAUGUAUCGCCAAAGCAUGAGUGGCUAUCAAGAAAAGAAUAAGUCAAUUGAACAAUUUCGAAUAGGUAAAACUGGCAACCGAAACUCAGUUUGAUUACUAAGGCGACUUUUAUAGCGGUUUCUCAUAGUAAUAAAAGCUUGUCUAUAAAGGAUGGCAGUCCAGAAAGGCUUAGGCCUUUAGACAUGAUUUUCGUCACGCCGGUUUCAUUCACGUAGACUGUAACUAAUGCAUGAGCGGUAAUUUUAAUAAAAAGCCUUGGCACACGACAAAGACGAGUCAUUAUACGGUGCAAUUUGAGCAAUGGUUUCAAAAUGCACUCAAUUCCAUUAACAUUCAAACGAGAAACAGGUGCAGACAUCCGUCGUGUAACCGGUGAUACCGAUUACUGUCAAUUCCCUCAUGUAUCAUGCAUGCAAAACAGACCCCUGACGUGUCUGACUUUUCUCGAAAAGAGAUGUUUAAUGCGUUUCAGUCUUUCCAGGGUAUGAAACGUGGGAUUCUCGAGUCUCGACAGACAUUUUGCCCCCCUCGCACAUUGCGCCGGUCUGCGGGGCAGGCCACGCGUUCAACCACCGCCCCAGCCGACGUUCUGCUCCGAUGGGAGCGGCUGGACUCUCACAUGCCACCGGCCCCUUCACACGUCUACCCGAUAACAGCACUCGCACUACGGAGGCGCGAACCCGAACGGCCAUUGAUUGAAAUAGAUUGCUAUUAAUUGAUUUAACACCGUGUUUACGGGCGCGAGUGUGAACAUGCAUCGCAGAAACUAGACUACGAUGUCAAAUGGGCAUCGGGUGGAAGAAAUAUGACCCAAAUAAUGAUGCGGUAGAGAUAAAUAUUUUAUUGGUACCUCCGGCAGAAAAUGAUAUCCAAAACCGCAAGCUCAUGUUAGUCUUUAAUAUGGCCUUCUUCUGAGGCAUGACACGCAACGUGAACUUCUACCAAACCUUAAAGUUGGUGUACACGUGCUUUUUGGGUGUGGCACUUUGAAAAAUAGAUUUUCAAAUUGAAUUGAUAAUUUUCUAGCAUUACAUUA